ACGUCAAGGUGAUUGCUAAGUAAUAAACACCUUUGAGGGGUUUAAUGUCUUUGUGGUUUGCAUCAUGUUAUCAAUCACUGGAGUAUAUUGUGUGUUGCUGAUCAGAAACCAGCCUGAGCUUGCAGUUCUUCGGAGAUGUUAUUUCAUGCUGUCCGUUGUUUCAAUGGCAUCAGCUUUAUCAAUAUUGGGAUAUGCCUUGUUUCUGGAAAGUUUCAGGUGGGUUUAUGGAGGACUAGAUUUUGGCAAGAUGAAUAUCUCAGCUUUUCAGAUUUGAUGAAAAAAGUCUUUAUGAUUACAAGCUUCAUUGUUUUGCCGGUCUGGUUCUUGGAUUCGGAGAAAAUCUGCAUAGUUUGAAGAGACUCUACAUCUCAGAUUUGUGGAACUGGACCUUAUCCGAAUGAAACAGAGAGGGAAAAGGGCGAAAUCAGCUCUUGUGAAGCCAGAAUCUAAGCUGCUUUUUAUCAUACGCAUACAAGGGCAAAAUGACAUGCACCCAAAAACUAGGAAGAUCUUGUACAAACUAAGAUUGAUAAAAAUCUUUAGCGGUGUCUUUGCCAUGGCUAGUGAAGGCAUAUUAGAACAGCUGCAAAAGGUGGAGCCAUAUGUCACGUAUGGAUAUCCGAAUCUUACAAAUGUGAAGGAGCUAAUAUACAAGAAGGGUUAUGCAAAGAUAGAGAAAAAAAGUAUUCCUCUGACAGAUAAUAACAUUAUUGAACAGACAUUGGGGAAAUAUGGGAUGGUAUGCAUUGAAGAUUUAGUACAUGAAAUUGCCAAUGUUGGUCCACAUUUCAAGGAGGUGAUCAAGUUUUUGGGGCCUUUUCUACUAAGCAAGCCAGGAGGAUUUCUGGGGAAGAAACAACGAUUCAAGGAUGGUGGAGAGUCUGGAGAUCGUGAGGAUCAAAUCAAUGAUUUAAUCAGUAAGAUGAACUAGUAUUAAGAAUAGAUGGAAACACAUGUGAGGAUCAAAUCAACGAUAUAAUCAUGAAAUUGUAUUACAGGUUGUACCUUUGAUCUGCAGUCCCCUGUAUCCCAAUUUUGAUGUUAUUUUUUUUUUUAAUUUAAUUUUUCUUGCCGGUAUAAGUAAUAUCAGUUUAUUUGCUGACUCAGCAUAUCCCUGCUAUCUUCUCUGCAGCUAUAAAAAGCUCACUGAUUUUGUUA